CCUAUAGGUCCUAGCUGCUAACAAAAAAGGUUUGACUUUGACAGGGGAUUCCUCCUAUUAUAUACUUUAGAAAAACCAAAAUCACACUAUAUCUGUAUAGAAUUUAUGUGAUCAACAGUAAUUUCAGAGAAAUUGGGUUUUAUCCCCAAAGGUGAAUAUUGCGUGUCUGUGAUCAUCCAGGACCUUGACGCAUUGCUUCCAUUCAGCCAUUGAAGUGGGAAGAGCUACGUCCGUACUGUUGUGAUUUCAGUGCAGUCUGCAGGUGAUUGUGACGGUAAAAUGUCGCUAUUUAAGGUUUAUUAGGAUUAUUCAAACUAUUUUAGAUUGAACUAUCUAGUCUGUUUUUGUGCUCGGUGAACAGAGCGGGUAAAAUGUCUGCAGCGGCCGUCGGAGUGGGAGGCUCCUCCUGUCUGGGCGCAGCAGCGGCAGCCAGUUGCAGCUCCGUUGGCUCGCCGUACGCUGCUGCAGCCGGAGGAGGCGCAGGGGUGGCCGGGAGGCUGCCAGCUCGGGUCCUGGAGCAUAUCUUCUCAUACCUGGAGCUGUCGGAUCUGAUGCGGUGUUCGCUGGUGUGCUGGCACUGGAAUAACAUGCUGGCGGAUGAAAACAGCGAGGUGUGGCGCAGCCUGGCCGCGCGCUGCCUCAGCGAUGAAGCUCUCCGAUCUGACAUCCUGUGCAACCUGCCCACCUACAAGGGAAAGGUAGAUCCACCAUUAACCAGAGAGAUUAAUGACAAACCACAGCUAGAUAUCUGUAGGGUUAGUGCAUCACUGUUUGCUGAAUAAAAACAGGGGUGACAAUGCCGAGGGACAAAGAACCUGUAUGAAAUGAUACGAUGCUGUGCAGUACACUUUAUUGUCCCCUUGGUAAAUAUGUAUUUUGUACCAAAGUACUGCACACACUCACCUGCCCCCACAAUAGCACUGAAGAGUAAACUAGUGUUAAAAUCCAUCAACAAGUCUCAUGCAAACAUACCAAACACUUUGCCCACCAGAGGAAACCACACACAUCACACAACAUAAGAAAGAGUACAUCACUGUUCUGUUGUACAAGCUGUGCACACUAAAAAAUACAUAAUGUGAACUGUUGGUGGAGUUAAAGGAUUAUAAAGCUGCUCAGUAGCAAGACUCCAUAUCAUCUGCAUGUAUCAAAAAGCUCAUACACAAAGUGGAGGAUGUGUGAUGGUCAGACACCGCUUUCUGUGCUUGCCCCAGACCAUACUGCCCAUAUUGACAGAAGAGAUUGACAGUUCUCUUAAUAAAUAUAUAUCAGUGUGAACUUAACAAGAAAGCACAACUAGUCCUCUGGAAGUAAAAUCACAAAAGACAGAUCUAUUUAUCAGGCUGGCAUUUUUAAAUAAUUGGCAUCAUAUCGGCAUUGGCCCUCACAAGGCUGAUAUCAUCAUUAUCUUUUGUAGAUGAAAACAUUUCUGUACCCUGAACAACAGCAUAAAAGUCAUGUUCUGAAAUUUAUAGCAUAACAUUUUGUAUUUUACCAUCUAUCUAAAGCACAUUACUGGCCACAGAUAUAAGAUUUUGAUGCAUAUAGAUUCAUAGAUGUAUUCAUGGGUUUUCUUUUUCUUCCUUUUUUCUCUUAUUAGUUGAAUUUUGACAUGUAUUUCAUAAAAUGUUCACUCAAGUUUGAUAAUUUUGCUUCUCAGUAAGUUAUAUUAAAUUGAUAUAUUUUAUCAAUGCAAAACAGAAAGACAGAAAGCCUGUUCCCUCAAAAUGGCAUUAGACAGUCAUUGAAAAACUAAUAUCAGGCGACCGCUAAAAGUCACAGUAGUUGAGAAAUUAAAUAAGAAUAUUUGUUGACAUCUGAAUUUAAUAGGAACAUAAUUUAAUGAGCUUUUUGUUGAGGAGGUGUUGGGAUCAGUCUAAAGCACAUUUUGUUUUGACUCGUAUCACAAUGUCCGUAUCAAUGUAAGAUGUAGGUAUGCACAAUAUCACAUAUGCUGACACAUACAGCCAUUAAAAUGACAGCUUCAACAUGUCAACUUUAUGGCAGUAAUAACUGUAUUUGGAAAAGAACACAUUAUUUAUGGUCAAAUCAAAUGUGGGUCACCAUGUUUUAUGUCUGUUUAUAAAACUGUCACAAUGACAGUCACAAGUUGUUGUAUCGUUUGUAUCUUGUCCAUGUAAAACAUACACAACAAAUACUAGUUUUGACUGCUAAAAGUAUAAUGAAAGACAUGACUUUAGUACAUAGCUGACAAGAAAAGCAUAUACUUCUUCACAGAGAUGGGAAUUGUGGAGUCAUCAAGUCAUCUCCAUGCCAUGUAUUUGUUCUGCUCUGUCACUGAACCAGCUGCUUCCAAUGAGCAGCCAGAAAGGUGAGUUCAUUGGUAAAGACACCUGGUUCAGUAACUGAGCAGAACAAAUACAUGGCAUGGAGAUGACUUGGUGACUGCACAAUUCCCAUCUCUGCUUCUUCAUCCACAGAGGGCGCCAAAAUUGUCCUUAACCUAAAGUUCCUCACAGGAGCUUUAAAAAUGAUGCUUCAAUGCUGUUUUAAUGGGAGGCAUCACUUUGAGUGGGCCCACAUAAGAAUCUUUGGGUGGGACAGACUUUGUUGUACCUGUUUGUUACAGCAGCGUCUCUCCUCUCAUUCUCCCCAGCUGAAGGCCUUCCAGCACGCUCUGAGCUCCCACGACUGCUCCCGCAAUGUUUAUGUUAAGAAGAACGGCUUUACCCUCCAUCGCAACCCCAUUGCUCAGAGCACAGACGGAGCACGGGGAAAGAUUGGCUUUUCAGAGGGAAGGCACGCCUGGGAAAUCUGGUGGGAGGGUCCUCUUGGCACGGUGGCAGUGAUCGGCAUUGCAACGAAGCGGGCGGCUAUGCAGUGUCAGGGUUACGUGGCUCUGCUGGGCAGUGACGACCAGAGCUGGGGCUGGAACCUGGUCGACAACAACCUGCUCCACAAUGGGGAGGUCAACGGAAACUUCCCACAGUGUAACAACGCGCCCAAAUAUCAGGUUAGAACCACAGACAUGUCUGUAUGUUAUAUUUAGGGGGUUUCACGGUAACAUUAAAGGGGUGAUUUAGAUCAGUGUGACAAAAAUUGAAUACUGAUAACCUUAUUCAAACUGCAGAGGUUGCUGUCUACAAAAAUAUGUGCUAAAUUUGGUGUCUAAUAGGAUGAAUUUGUGUUUGUUUACAGAUUGGAGAGAGAAUACGAGUGAUUUUGGACAUGGAUGAUAAGACGUUAGCCUUCGAAAGAGGUUUUGAGUUUCUUGGAGUAGCAUUUCGUGGACUGCCUAAAGCCUGCCUCUACCCUGCUGUCUCUGCUGUCUAUGGAAACACUGAAGUCACCAUGGUGUACCUGGGAAAACCUCUGGAUGGCUAGAAGCAGAAAAACCUGUUCAGCUAUUAAAACUAACAGACUGCAGACCCUGUUGUUCACAAAGUCCUGGAGGAAAAGUUGACAGAAAAACACGCACACUCACUUAAGAGAACCGUUUUCUCCUGCAGCCCGACAUGAGGAGAGACGCUGCAGUGUGGACAAACUACAGGGAUGAGGAGUGUUCAGGGACUGUCACAAACGUGGGGAUUUCCACUUUUACAUUUUAGCUGCUGGACCGUUUCACUCACAGUACGGGUGAACAUUAUUUAACUCAUCAGAUUCAGGCAAACACAUUAACUGGAGAUUUUAUGUCAGCUUGAAAGAGGCCAAACUACACUAUACAAUAUCACUUUAGGAGUGAAAUGGUAGUCGUUGUUUUUAAAGCUAUCUAUUAUGUAAGUUCACAGAAACACAACCUAACUAUUGGUGAUAAAUAUUACAGUAAUAUGCCAAAUAAAUGUGACCUAAUAUAAUAUUUUCAAUGACAUGCAGACCAACAAUUCUGCAUGUGCAUGAAUUCUGGUGCAGAAGUUGCCAUUUUUAAAUCACCUGUCCUUUACUGGUGGAAGGUAUGUUCAUGUGUGCCCUUUUUAAUGUGCUCCUGUAGUAUUACACACUAUUUAUUUCUCAAUUUUAUUAAUGGUACUAUAGAAACUGUGUGGUUAUAAGGCCUGAAAAUAAAGUCUACAUGGUGCCACAGAAUGAUUAUAGUCUGUUUGUACUGGUUUACUGUUACAUAACAUAGAUGCAGUUUUAAAGUGAGAAUAAUGUGAAAAAGUUCAAUAUUUUCCAUUAGUUUUUUUUAAGAAACUGGACAUUUACAUCAAUAUAUGCUAGAAGAUUAAUCUAAAGGGAAUAGAAAAAUGUCAAGCAUUUUUCUAUUUUAACUUUGAUAUUCAUGACCCACAGCUCAAAAAUGAGAAGCGUGUCUCCAAAGCAUGUAAAUAUUUAGUUUUAAGAUUGAGUUAAUCACAGUUCAAACAGUACCACGUGUCUCUUGGUGUAGCUCAGUACAUGCAAUCACAGCCAUGAGAAAGACUCCAGACUUGAUAUUUGUCCAGAAGAUGAGCAUCAGCACCCCCGAAGAGGAAGGUAAGCCACAGAAAGUUUGGCAGUGCACAAGUUGGUAACAAGUUGGUAAGUUGACUGGACGGAAGAAAGUGUGAUUGGGAAAGGUGCAUAAGCAACAGGAAUGACUGCAGCCUUGCGAAGAUUGUCAAAAAAACUGAUUCAAGAACUUCUCAUGUAUCAAGAAAAACAUCAAAUAUCCAGACAAAUCAACCGUAACAAAGCAAGGAUAAAUGAAAAGGACACCCGGGAUAAGCCCUCUAAAGCUUUUAGCAGGAGGCCUUAACCAUGACAAAGUACAUUAGACGACAACAAAUACAAUAGUCCCCAAACUCUACAUUAGCCCAAC